AUGGUCCUGUCUCCCGGCUGGGGCGCUUUCCAGGCUGCCGUCUGCCAGGUCUGUGGGAUGGAGAAGCAGCCGGGCGCCUGGCCCGCAGGCCUCGGCCUUGUCUUCGGGGAACCUGAGAUGGCAGAGGGGGCUGUCUUGGGAGAGGGCCAUAAGCUGGCAGGCCAGGCUGCAGGCUUGCCUGGUUCCCUGGGACGCCCUCUAGGUGCCUCCUGGAAGGACCUGGGCAUGGAGUCGACCUCGCUGGAUGACGUGCUGUACCGCUACGCCAGCUUCCGGAACCUGGUGGACCCCAUCACCCACGACCUCAUCAUCAGCCUGGCUCGCUACAUCCACUGCCCCAAGCCGGAGGGUGAUGCACUAGGCGCCAUGGAGAAGCUGUGCCGGCAGCUGACAUACCAUCUUAGCCCCCACUCCCAGUGGAGGCGGCACCGGGGGCUGGUGAAGAGGAAGCCACAGGCCUGCCUCAAGGCCGUCCUGGCUGGAAGCCCUCUGGACAACACGGUAGACCUGUCGGGCAUCCCACUGACCUCGCGUGACCUGGAGCGGGUGAGCAGCUACCUGCAGCGCUGUGGGGAGCAGGUGGACAGUGUGGAGCUGGGCUUCACGGGCCUCACAGAUGACAUGGUCCUCCAGCUGCUGCCGGCACUCAGCACGCUGCCCCACCUCACCACGCUGGCCCUCAACGGCAACCGGCUGACCCGAGCACUGCUGCGUGACCUCACCGACACCCUUAAGGACCCCAGCAAGUUUCCCAAUGUCACGUGGAUUGAUCUAGGCAACAACGUGGACAUCUUCUCCUUGCCCCAGCCCUUCCUGCUCAGCCUGCGCAAGCGCUCCCCGAAGCAGGGCCACCUCCCCACCAUCUUGGAGCUGGGCGAGAGCCCAGGCUGUGUAGAGGAGGCUUGGGAUGGAACAGUGGGCCAGGAGGACCCAGCAGGGGACUGUGUGGCCUCCCCCAAAGACCUUGAGGGCAGGGAAACUGCAGGUCCAGCUCAGACGUGACAUGGAAGUGGGGGCCUCACCAGGUAGUCCUUGUGGGGUAUGAUGGCUGAGGCAGAGUCACAACUACCCGAGCAGCCCCCCAUGGGAAGCCAGAUCACAGAAUCUGGGAAAAGUUAACACUUCUCACGGGUCCAUCGUACCCCUCAUCCAUCUCCGUUAUCUUUGUUUGACUCCUGAGAGGUCAUCCCUGGCUCAAGAGUCAGUCCUCGGCCUCCCCACUUACAGGUUGGGGUGCUGGAAGCGUGAGCUGUAUGUGUAGUUGGGGCCUACAUCCAACCCGGGACUUUCCAGUUGUCCAGUCCAGGACAGCACACUCCAGCCAGAUGCUAAAUGUGCUCAAGGCAGGUUGGCAUCUCGGUGCCCUAUCUCCUGAGUGGCCCUCAGGGUAGGGAGACUGGGCUCCUGGCUGCCAGAUUCCAGGAGCAGUCGCCCUUGGGACUGAAGGUUGCCUACCUCCUCCUUGUGAACCCCUGGGCUCCUUGUAACCAACUUCCAGUCUCAGCCCUUAACCCCAUGACUCCAGCGGCCUGGCCAUGGGACCAGCCACCA